AUGGACGCGCCAUCAGGCAACCUCCCCUUCAGGCAGAGGAGCCAUGGCAGGACUGCAUCUUCAGACGACCGGCGGAGGGUCGCGAUGCCACGUCGGUCUACCAGAGGGCCUCUUGAUGCGGGUGUAGACCCUCUCUCGGACCCCUUAUCGGUCCCUCAACCGGCCUCACCCCAGCGCCUACCCUCAUCCUCGCCCGCCCUCCCAACCGUCACCUCCCCCGGUCUCGGCAGUCCUCUGAUCACAGAACCCUCUUCCGCCAUCGACGACGUCCCCCUAAAAGACUUCUCCUACCUUCUGCGCCCCGAGACCUUCCACCCCCUCCCCACCACCACAAUCCUCCCACCCUUCCUCAACUCCCCUCACACGCCCUCCCCCGACGCCUCCCUCGAAGACCUCCUCUCUCAUGGCCACUACCGCUCCGCCGCCGAUCACUGCGCCCGCCAACUAACCACCGCAACCUCCCCAACCGAUGCCCCCCGCAUCUUCGCCCUCCUCUACACCCGCCUCGCAUGCCUAACGCUCAUCGGGCAGCACAGCUUCGCGGCGCAGGAAGCGAAGGCGCUCGGCGACCUCGGCGCUUCGUUCUACCGGCAUCCGCUCACCGGCGCGCAUCUCGUGCCCUGGGAGCUGAGGGUGCUGGCGGUGCGGCUGCUUGCGCUGGGGUUCGGGGAGCCGAGGAGGAGCGUCGUGGGGUAUUAUGACCUUGCGCGGGAGUGCAGGGGGGAGGUGCUGAGGUCGAGACAGGAGGGCCGUGGAGGGGAUGAGAAGAUGUGGGAGGAGCGGUUGAGGGAGUGUGGGAUUUUGGUUGGCAAUGCGCUGGUGGAAAUGGGGGAGCUGGAGGGGGCGGGGAGGCAUUUGGUGGGCUUGAGGCGGGCGGAGAAGGGGCGGGAUGAGGAGGGUGAGAGGAGGCUUAGAAGCAUGGAGGCGUUGGUGUGGUUGAGGGUGGGAGAUGUAGGGGCUGCGCGGAGGGCGUGCGCGGGGUCGGAUGAGGACGAUUGGAAUGGUGAUGGGGAUGCAGUGAUUUCGGCUCUCAUCCAAAUGGCAGACGGCGACUACGAAGGAGCAGUUGAGUCGUGGAAGAGGUUGGCUGAUGCGGACCCGGAGGAUGCGCUCGCCAAGCAGAACCUAGCCAUAUGCCUCUUCUACACCGGUCGGAUAGGCCAAUCCCGCGAGCUCCUCGAAGCCCUCACAGAAUCCGGAUCCGCCUUCCACGCUCUGACAUUCAACUUAUCAACUGUCUACGACCUCUGCACCGAACGCUCGCGCGAUCGGAAGAUGGAGCUUGCGGAGCGGCUUGCCGCCAGACCGCCGGCUGCAGACGUGUGGGAGAAAGCUGCAGUUGAUUUCAAGUUGUGA